UCGACGCCGCGUCGCACACGAACGCCAUGGUGCUGCACGCCAGCAGCUCCAGCUCUCUCUCGAGCGUCGCCACCGACAAGCGCAGUAUGGCGUACAGCAGCAGCAACAACAGUACUACCCUCCAUAGACUCACCGAUGAUCCGGGUUCCUUCGGCUCCAUGCUGGACCAGCUACAUGCCGAGCAAAAGGGCACUAUCGAAGCACUGACUUGCCAAGUCGAGUUCUACCGCCAACGCGAAGAGCGCGCUCGUCAGGAGCUCACGACCCUGCGGCGCUGCUUGCCACUGGCCAAGGGUGACGACGCCUCCGCGUCCGUGGCCAAGCUGGCGAGCGAGAACCGCGCGCUAGGCGACGAGCUGGAUGCUCUGCGCGCCAAGAAGUGCAGCUGGGACAGGGAACGUGCGCGCCUCGAGCGUCAAAAGAAAGAACUUGACCGCCAGCUAAGGGACUCCAAGCAGACUCUCACGAGCUUCUCGCAGGCUAUUGAGCAACUGGAGAUCAAGAUGCAGCGCAAGGAGGCCGAAGUACAGACACGCUGUCUCGAACUGGAGCAGAAGUUGGGCGACAAGACGAAUGAGUGUGAACAGCUACAGCAGGAUAAGGCGAACAUGCAGCAGCAACUGGAGAACCUCCAGACAGCCAGCGAUGAGAACGCGCGACUGCGAGCUGAGUUGCGGACGCUGCUACAGACUACAGGACGCAACUUCAACGAAAGCGCGAGUAGCUCACGGUUCUCGUCGGAGAUUAAUAGUAUCAGUGAGAAGUUUAGCAGCUUGGAAGAUGAGAACCGCAGACACGAAGCAGAGAUCCAGGAGCUGCAGCGGAGAUUGGCAGCCUCUGCUGCGGAGGUGUCGAUGGCUCAGCUGGAAAUUGAGCGCAAGAACAGCGAGAUCAAGGAGAUGCAGCUGAAGCUAGACAACUCGACUAAUAUGCUGACCCUUCGAGAGCAGUUGCUGGUGUCGGACGGCAGUUCCAGGAAAGAGAUUGAGGCGCAGCGACAGGAGCUUUCGACGCUAGUGGCGACCUUGCAGCGUGAGAAGAGCGAGCUACAGAGCGAGAUCUCCAGUCUGCACAGGGAACAAGAGGUCACCAAGGCUGAACUACAGACGGUGAAAUCUCGUCUAUUCACGAAAGAUCAUUCGUUGCUCGUAUCCACACUACGCAGUGAAGUGGCUUCUCUAAAGGAGCGCCUUCGCAGCGAAUUUAUGCACGAGAAGGACAGUUUGAAAACGGAGACGCAGACUUUGAGGCAAGAAAUCACGCUGCUACGAGGACGCUUGGCAGAUAAAGACCUUGCAGCCCGCAGUCUCGAAAAUGAGCUGGUUCGCACCGACGAGAAGCAGAAACAGGCAGAUUACGAUAUCCGACAGUUGAAGGAGCAGAUCUACCGACUGGAAACUGAGCUGGACCAGUCCCGAUCCAAGUACCAGCAGCUUCAGCAGUGCCGAACGUCGUUAGCUGAGCAGCUGGACUUUGGAUUUAAGGAACUGUUGGAUGACGAGGAGAGUGCGGCAUCAGCACACGAAGAGUUGGAGAAACUUCGGAGCGAACUCAGUCGUAUUAAGAAGGAAAAUGCUGCUCUAGAAACUGAGCGACAAACGUUCAUGGAGGAGCAGGAGCGCGUUGACUGUAUCAAUCGUGAGUCUUCCAUGCGCCAGAAUGAGAAGAUCGACGAACUGUAUCGCCAACUGAUGGAGAAGGAGGAGAUCAUCACGUCGUUGAAGAAUGCCGAACGCCAAGUCGCUUUGCUGCAACAGGAAAAGGAAUCGUGGGAGGGUAACGUCACUGACGUUCGCUUACGAUGUGAAAGUCGAGUGGAAUCGGAAGUGCGUAAGGCUGAUGGUCUCCGCUCUCGGAUUGAGCAACUGGAGCAGGAUAAAGCGUCACUGAAGCAGCAGAUCGACGCUCUCGAAGAAGAAAGCGCAACUUGGAAUGAGAAGUUGCACAUGUCCGAGCUAUCUCUCAGCCAGAAAGACCAGGUGGUACAAGAACUCAAGCGCGACAUCGCUCGUCUUGAAGAGGAGUUGGCUGACGCAACCCAGCGCGUUGACAGCGGACGUCAAGAGAUCACGACCCGCGAACAGAAAUUGUUGAAGGAGCGCAAGAAAAUGGAGCGCGAGAUGGUUCAGCUUGUACACCGAAUCGAGAUCGCUGGCCAGCGUAACUUCGAGCUGGGUGAGAAGGUUAUUGCACUUGCAAAGCAGUCCAAAGUGGAUCAAACGGACCGUGUGGCGUUGAGUUCUCAAGUGAAGAGCUACAAGGAUCAGGUGAAGACACUGGAAAAUCAACUUGGACAGAUUCAUCGUCGCAAUGGACAGGAAUUCGAUACCGUUCGAGACUUUCAGCGGAAACUGGAUGAUGUUACAUGCUUGAAGGAGAGCUAUCACGUAGAGAUCAACAAGCUGCGACAGACGCUGGAGCAUGUGCAGAACGAGUACGGUGUGGCAAAGCAGCAGCGCGAUGAGGCUAUCAAGCGUGUCCGACUUCUCGUGCAGUGCCGAGAUGAAAUGAAGGUGACAGCAGAGGACCACACGACGGAGCUGGUGGAAGAGAUCGAGGCGCUGCAGCAUCAGAUGGACAGCGAACGCAAAAGGUGUGCAGUGCUGCUAGCCAACGAGAAGACACUAUUGCGUGAUCUCCAAGAGCGGAACGCUGCCAUCACGAAGCUGCAGCGCACCAUUUCAGUGCUUCAGCAUCAAAUCCACGAUAAACCCAGUAGCAAUGAUCGAUCCAGUAGCUCGAUUUCUGGUCACAGACGGCGAUCUCGUGGUAGUAACAGUGCUGGCUCACCGGUGAGCAGCAGCAACCAGUCCACAGUUCCCACAACGAGCUCCCCGUCUCCUCACCGCCGCCAUAGCCGUCAUUCCGAGCCACAACAGCAGCAACAGCAGCAGCAGCAACAACUUCAUUCUAGCUUGGCAUCGAGCAGCGGGUUCACCAUGACGCCGGCGAAGGAGAUGGAGCAUCUACUGAGCAACUUGGAGCACAUCUCGGACUUCUCAGCUCAAAUGCAACAGCUCCAGCCUUAAUUUAUUGCUAGUCGGUAGGAAAUAGUGUUGUACCGGUAAAUGUAAUCGUGUAGCAAACAACAACGCAAUUUUGUCUAGGAUCUUUCAGAGGCGGAAGCUGAAGUUGAAAACGGUCCAUCGACACGUCGUGCAAUUGUGUUAAUCGCGUUGUUGUUGCAGUCGCUCGUCGUCCACCAACGAUCCAGC